AUGGCAGCCAAGCAGCCCCCGCCCCUCAUGAAGAAGCACAGCCAGACCGACCUCGUGAGCCGCCUGAAGACCCGCAAGAUCCUCGGCGUGGGCGGCGAGGACGACGAUGGGGAGGUGCACCGCUCGAAGAUCAGCCAGGUCUUGGGCAAUGAAAUCAAGUUUGCUGUUCGGGAGCCUUUGGGACUGAGGGUCUGGCAGUUUGUUUCUGCUGUGCUCUUCUCUGGCAUUGCCGUCAUGGCCCUGGCCUUCCCUGACCAGCUCUAUGACGCAGUCUUCGAUGGAGUUCAGGUGACCAGCAAGACCCCCAUCCGCCUCUAUGGGGGUGCGCUCCUCAGUAUCUCUCUGAUCAUGUGGAACGCUCUCUACACGGCCGAGAAGGUUAUCAUUCGCUGGACUCUGCUCACCGAAGCCUGCUACUUCGGGGUCCAGUUCUUGGUGGUCACUGCCACGCUCGCCGAGACCGGCCUCAUGUCCCUGGGGAUCCUGCUGCUCCUGGCCAGCCGCCUCCUGUUCGUCGCCAUCAGCGUUUACUACUAUUACCAAGUCGGCCGGAAACCCAAGAAAGUCUAG